ACUCAACGGUUACCAGUAACCGAAAAAGCCAAACUGAUCUCCUUUCUCCUCCCUCCAUCCCAGCAGAAGAUAAACCCCCACUCCCUUCCGGCCUUCCUACGCCGUCUUCCUCCGCCGCCGCCGCCGCCGUCGCCGCCGAUCUUCAUCGCCCCUCCUCGAAGUAGCUCGACGAGCUAUGCGCAUCGGCUGCCGCCGCUGUUAAGCUCCGACCAGCUCAUCCUCAGCAGCGAGGAGGCGGAAACGAGGCAUCGCCAAUGCUGAGCCUGCAGCCGCCUCGGUGCCGACUCUCUCUCCCCGUCGCUCUCUCCGGCUCCGCCGGCGGCGGCGGCGGAAUCGGCGGAGGCGCGCGGUCCCUUCCUCCGCCGCCGCGGCCGGGUGCGAGCCGGCGCGUCGGGUGCGGGAGCCGCGGCUUGCGGAGGAAGGCCGCGAGAGUGAGGAGCGUGGGGAAGGAGGAGGCCGAGCUGCGCGCUGCUUCCUCCUCCGUCGCGGAAGAGGAGGAGCAGAGGCGGGGCGAGGACGAGGAUGUGGAUCCUCAGGACCUCGAGUACGUGGGGCAGAUUCGGAGAGUGUUGGAGCUUCUGAAGAAGAAUAGAGACAUGAUCUUCAGUGAGGUCAAGUUGACGAUUAUGAUCGAGGAUCCGAGGGAAGUCGAGCGAAGGAGACUCCUUGGGAUUGAAGACCUCGAUGCCCCUACUAGAGAAGAUUUAGCCGAAGCUCUAGAGCAAGUCAAUGAAGGAAAGGUCCCAGAAAAUCGUCUUGCUCUUAAAAUGCUUGCAGAGGAGAUGAUUCAGUGGCCUAACUUGGAGGAGGCGGUCCCCAAAAAGAAGCCAGGGAAAUCACUAUAUGCAAAAGCCACAGACACUGGUAUCAAUCCUGAAGUGGCUGCUAAGAGACUAAAUAUUGACUGGGAUUCAGCUGCUGAAAUUGAAGAGGACGAUAACAGUGAUGAGACAGAAGUGCCUGCAGCUGUGGCAGAAAGAAAGCCCAACCACAAAAGCUGAGCAAGUGGAUUCUUUAAACUAUACUGAGCCGACCCAAGAACACCUCUCCAUCCUUUUGGGCGGAGUUUAUGAUGUUGAUGGUCUUAGGUGGUCAUAGCUCAUGAAACUAGUCUUUUAAUGCGAAGUUUUGUUGUUGCCCCCAAAGCAUGAGAAUUGAUUUAUCGCAGUGAUAGCAAUAAACUUCAUUAUUGAUCACAUACUUGACGUUAUGAGGUUUCAUAUUAUUGUUCAACUUCUGUGUGAA